GGUGGGCUCGACUACUCUCGUAUUCAUUUCUAACGCUAAUAAAAACAGAAGGCUGCUUUUUUUUUAUAUUUACUUUAUUGUGGAUUGUACAAAAACCGAGCAGGUGGAACGUGAGUGGGAUGAGGACAUAUUUCCACCAAUUGACAGUUUUUGUGCUCUCGCUCCCUCUCUGAAAAGGAAUUGGCGUCAAGGAAGUCAACGGAAGUGAUGAGAGACAAACUCUGGAAGCAGGCCUGGCCGGCCGGGCGGGGGCUCGGAGCGGGCGCGUGCUUGACGUCGUUGUGGCCAACUGGAGGCGAGCUCACUCAUUCGACUCUUGAGAGAAGAGCAAACGCCGUGACGAGGGAGGAAAUGACUUGACGACUUGCAGUCAGAACCGGGACGCGGCCUCAAUCAUCGUGCAAAGUGCCCAAAAGGGGUGAGAGCCACAAGGAUCCCAACUUUGACCGAGGCGACUGGCUGAGAAUGGAAGCGGCGGCGGGCAGCUCGAGGCUCAGGAGGCACAAAAGCAGGAAGUCCGGCCAAACUCCAGAAAAAUCUGCACACUGUCUCUCCAAGGAAGAUAUUGCCAAGUUCAUCAACAGUCGGAAGCAGAACAUCUGCGUGGGCCUCCUUCAACAUGGCUUCCACAGGUCGUUUUCGGAGCUCUUCCUGCUGCUGCGCCUGGACCGGGAGCGGCGGGAGGGGGCCGAGAUCAACUCGGCUCUCAGCCUUCAGACGCCUCUGGAGGAGCAGCACGCCAAAGUGGAGAGCGUCGGCCUGCACCUGAGCCGCGCCGAGCGGGCCCAACGGGACGGUCGCUGGCCGGCGGCGUACGAGCAGCGUCUGCAUCUGGGCGCCUACUUCGCGGCCGAGCGAGAGGACCUGUGGCUCAGCCUGCACUUCUACCACACCUGCACGCAGGCCCGGGAAGACGGCUGCACCAGACACGCCACGGAGGGCCGCGCGUGCUUGGCCGAGCUCUACCUGCAGCAAGGUCAGCUGGAAAAGGCGAGGCAGCAGGCGGAGCUGUGCGUGCGGAUGGCCGACGAAGGCGGCUGGCUGGACUCGUCCGGCCGCCCGCUGCCCCGCCGAGCCCGCGAGAGCCUCUGGUCCAUCUGCAGCCGGCAGGCGGACGCCCGCAUCAAGGCCGGCGAGCCCGACGAGGCCCUCGAGCUGCUCCACCGCGGCUACGCCACUGCCACCGAAUCCGAAAACAAAAAUAUUGAAGGCGAGGCCGCGUACCAGCUGGGACUGGCGUACUACAGCGUCGGGGACUACGACACGUCCCAACAGUACCUGGACACCUCCAUGCGCAUCUGCAGCACCACGGAGGACUUUGACGGCCUGGGGAAGGCCUACAAGGCCGUGGCCAAGUUAUGCGAAAGCAAAGGGAACCUGAGCGGCACCAUUCGGCUUUUGGAGACGUUAGUGGACAUCUCCCGUCGCAACGGCCUCCAUCACCACCUGGUGGACGCCUGCCUUUGCCUGGGCAACGUCUACACCAACAGGAGGCAGUACGAUCAAGCUCGCGAGAGCCUGCUCCAGGGUUACAGCGUGGCGUGCGACAUCGGAGACGUGACGCUGGUGCAGAAGGCUCAGGUACGUCGGCGACCUUUCUCCCGGUGGCCUCUUGACGCGCCGCACCGGGCGGCUCCUUCUGCGCCCGCCAGGUGUCGCUGGCCAGCGCUCACACCCGUUGCAUUGUGGGGAAGUACAGCGGCGACGUGGAGUCCAGCGCGCCGGCCGCCCUCUCGCGACUGCUGGACUGGAAAGUGGCCAGGGGGCUCCGUGACCACAGCGACAGCGACAACGGCGGCGUCUGCGACUAUUAGACGCCACGCAAACGUCAGCGGUCGAAGGGGCUCGAGAGGAGCAUUUCCACGUCUGCAAAGAAUAAAACCUUUGCGACUCAUUCAAGUACAAAUUAGACUUGGAGGCUUUUUCUCACAUUUGAGUGAUUUUCAAAGUAUAAUUAUUGCUCGGGAUAGGAGUUAG